CCAGAAUUCCCUUUCCAAAACAACAUCACGCUAUUUCCUGUAUGACUGAAGCGAAAGUCAUCAGAUGGUGCGGAAUUUUCAGCGACACAGGUAGAUCCUCACUGCUUUGUCGGUUGACUGUAAUACAAGGCGUACUCUUAUAGGAUUGCACAGCAAGAACUAGGCAUGACCGCAGGCUCUCCAGAAGAGUGAGUGUGAAUGGAGUGACACGAGUGGGCGAGUCAUGGACAGCCAAUGCAGCAGCAGUGUGGGUUCACGGGCCACUAUAGGGGGUGUGGGCAACAUUAACUCAACACCCAUUUCUGCCCGUAUCGAGUCCUAUGAAGGAGGAGAGAAGAAGUGCAUCUCUGAUGUCCGAAGAACCUUUUGCUUGUUUGUGACCUUUGACCUUUUGUUCGUCACCUUGCUGUGGAUCAUUGAGCUCAACGUCAAUGGAGGUAUACAAGAGCAGCUGAAAAAAGAGGUGUUGGAGUAUGAUUACCACAAAUCUUUUUUUGACAUAUUUCUCUUGGCUGUGUUCCGCUUUGCCGCCUUGAUUCUGGCGUAUGCCGUGUGUAAGCUGCGCCAUUGGUGGGCCAUUGCGAUAACUACAGCAACCACCACUGGUUUCUUAAUAGUGAAAGUAGUUUUAUCAAAGCUUCUGUCACAGGGAGCAUUUGGGUAUUUGUUACCCAUUAUCUCCUUCAUUCUGGCAUGGAUAGAGACGUGGCUGCUGGACUUCAAAGUCCUGCCCCAGGAGGCCGGAGAUGAAAUCAGGUAUCUUUCAGUGCAGAAUGCGCUAGAUCGAGAACCUCUUUUACACCCAGGACCCGUUCCAGACGGCCAGUUCUACUCCCCUCCUGAGUCCAUGGCAGACUCUGAUGAAGACCUUGAUGAUAAACAUGAUCUUGAGAAGCCCAUCGUCUAGCAGGAGCUCAGAUAAAACACUGACUUUCAGAGUACAACAGCCUCUUCCCGCGCUGCUCAACCUCGGGCCAUGUGUCUUAAUAUGGGUUUUUGUACAUGGGUGACCAGAACUAGACAGUCACUCUGCCUUAAAUCCACCAUCGUCAUGAUCAGCAGUUUGUUUAUCUGUCUCUCUAUGCCCACACAAGCUCUUUUAGUGCAAUCGAUUUUUUUUCCACUGGACAAAAAACUAUAGUUUAUGCAGUACUGAUACUGAAAAAUGAAGGAUUUUAACAUGUAUUUUGAUCAUCAAAUGAUAUCAGUGUUGAACACGACAUUUAUGACUCUCUUCAAAUGCUUCCGUGUAACAGAACGACCGCCGUCUCACGUUUACGCUAUAAGCUCCAUAUGUGCAUUAACAUUGUUAUGCCUCUGAUCUCACACACAUCACUGGAGUUGACCUAAAUGUGAAAAGCAGUAUAGUCUCAGGUCUGCUCUGCCACUCAUCAGUUUGUGAAAAUUUCAUGUUUUUCCUGUCUGUUUUCUUUUUUAAAUGCUUUUUCUACCAGUCUUGAGAGUUUUUGCAGUGAAUAGAGAGAUGAUAGAGGCUUGAUUUACUUGCAAAAUAAAGGACUUGCCUAGUUUUGCAUGAAGCACACUUAAAUGAAGAAAUAUAUGACUUGUAAUGAUGCAUGGAUAUGUAAUAGGUUUUUAUGUUUGUUUUGGCUCCUCUUCAGUAAGCAUUCUUAAAUCAUCUUAAGUAAGAAAAAUAAAUCUACUUCCUGUUGA